CUCAGCACUUCCACGGUCCGCGCUCCCCACGACCACGAGCCCCCCCUCCCUCCCUCCCGGGUCACGCACCACGACCCGACUUCCCAACAGCUGGCCGGAGACGAAGAAGAAGACGACCACACAUCCUCUGUGUCCCGGGCAACCUCAACCGCCAGCACGUCGAUCCGUCCUCUCUCCGCAGAUAUUAGGCAAUAACACCAGCCGGCCUUCUUCCCGGCUACAUUAACUAACGGUUUGUGGAGAAGCCAAAUUCAGGGUCACGCAUGGGCUCCUCUACUGAGAGCAGAAGCAGAAUGGGUAGCAUAAAGCCCAUGGGGAUUCAGCUCAUCGAGUGUGUCCGCGGCGGCCCUCUCUCCUUCAGAUCAUCUCAGGCUCUUGUGUUGGUGCUCACCUUCCUGUCAUAUGCUAGUUAUCAUGCUACUAGGAAAACCACAAGCAUUGUCAAGAGUGUUCUUGAUCCCAAGACAACAAACCUAGGCUUGUUGCACUGGCCGAGCCAUAUGUAUCUUCAAGAACUGAAAGGUGCAGCGAACAACACGGCUCUCCAGAGCGGCUGGGCUCCGUUCAAUGGCGAGGAUGGCACCGGGCUGCUCGGCGAGAUCGACUUGGCUUUCCUUGGGGUGUAUGCCAUUGGCAUGUUCUUUGCCGGCCAUUUGGGUGACCGGGUGGAUCUCAGGAUCCUCCUGACCAUCGGAAUGGUAGGGACCGGGCUGUUCACCGCCGCUUUCGGAGCUGGCUACUGGCUCAACAUCCACAGCUUCUACUACUUUCUGGGCGUCCAGAUGAUCGCCGGCCUGUUCCAGUCGUCCGGCUGGCCCUCCGUGGUCGCGGUCGUCGGCAAUUGGUUUGGGAAGAGUAAGAGGGGGCUGAUCAUGGGGAUCUGGAACGCUCACACCUCGGUGGGAAACAUUUCUGGCUCGCUGAUCGCGGCUGCCAUGCUGAAGUUUGGGUGGAGCUGGUCGUUUGCAGUGCCAGGUGCCAUGAUCGCGCUGGUCGGGCUCGCCGUGUUUCUGUUCUUGCCUGUUGAUCCGGAGGUGAUAGGCGUCGAGCAGGAUCGCCAUGUGAAGGACUACGAGAAGAAUGGCACGGAUGUGCCUCUGCUGGAGGGACAUUCGAGUGGACGAGACGAGGCAGUGGGGUUCAUCCAGGCAUGGAAAAUUCCCGGCGUUGCCCCGUUUGCUCUCUGCCUCUUCUUCUGCAAGCUUGUGGCCUACACGUUCCUGUAUUGGCUCCCCUUUUACCUCAGCCACACUGAGAUCGGGGGAGAAUAUCUGUCAGACUCUGCGGCGGGGAUCCUGUCGACCCUGUUCGACGUGGGCGGCGUCGUCGGCGGCAUCCUGGCCGGCCACAUCUCCGACCGGCUGGACGCGCGGGCGCUGACGGCGGCGACCUUCACCUUCUCCGCGAUACCGGCGCUCUUCUUCUACCGCAUCUACGGGAGCAUCUCGCUGACGUGGAACGUGGCGCUCAUGUUCGUGACGGGGGUGCUGGUGAACGGGCCCUACGCGCUCAUCACCACCGCCGUGUCCGCCGACCUCGGCACGCACAGCUCGCUCAACGGCAACUCGCGCGCGCUGGCCACCGUGACGGCGAUCAUCGACGGCACGGGGUCCAUCGGCGCGGCCGUCGGGCCGCUCCUGACGGGUUACAUCUCCGCCAAGAGCUGGAGCGGCGUUUUCACGAUGCUCAUGGCGUCGGCGCUCGUCGCCGGGCUGCUGCUGUCGAGGCUGGUCGUGGCGGAGAUCACCGCGAAGAUGGCGGCGUCGCAGAGGCCCGUUGAUUCGGCGGGCGAUCUGCCCGUGUCGUCGCUGGAGGUACCUUAGGCGGGGCCGGAGAUGGCCGGACUGUACAUUGAUUAGGGCGGUGCGUGGGCCGGGAAAUCGGGAGGUGCGACGGGAAGAAGGAGCGGGCUCCCCUCUGAUUUUCUAACCGAGGUGGCGUGUAGUAGGGCGCUCUUGGGUCUCAUGUGAUUGUGUCGUGCUGUGCAUAUGGAGUGAUUGUUACGCCGAAUUUGUUCGGAUAACGGUGCGGAUUAUUGCGCACUGUCUUCUGCUCCUCGAUGUAGAGCAUGUGCCGACCAUUUAGACCGUGAUGAAGAGCGGUACUCUCUCUUUUGCAGUAUCAGCGACAGAUCAAGGAAACGAAGGCCGGCACUGUACUAAAUUUGUAGCCACUUCGAAAAGUGUACAUUGAUUGUAGCGCAUGAUACUGUGAAAUCUGAGAUAUCCUUUCACCACUCGGUGAGAAGUAAAGUAUGUUCA